AUGGCUGCUUUGGUUAGAGAUGCAAAUGGAAACGAUAUCAAUGGCGGUGGACAGUUUGGCUGGUUUCUCAAAAUUGGUGCCACCCCAGAGGCCGUUGCUGUCUUGAACGACCAGCCGUACCUCUUUGCCGAACUACUCGUGGUGCUUGUUGUCCUCGGAUUGCAAAUCACCCUCCAUUGGUACAUCCACUACGCAACAAUGAAGCCGGAACAGAAAAAGAAGAAGAAGAAGGACGACAAGAAGGGCCCGGCGAAACCAGCAGCAGCAAGAUAA